CUGCGGUACAAGGUUGGGAAGACUCUUGGUUUUGGAUUGUCUGGUAAAGUGAAAUUAGCUGUUCAUAACCUGACAGGGCUUAAAGUUGCAAUAAAGAUAUUUGAUGUCCGAUCAAUAGCUAAUGUUGAAGCAGAAAAAGGUUGUUUUCCCUCAACAGUUCCAUUGAUUUUCUGAGCUUACGAUGUGAUAUAUGCUUAUCAACAUGCAAAAAGAGUUAUAUAGUUUGCCCUAAGGCUGAAGUUUUCUUUUGAUAAUAUUGUAUAUAGUUUUGAUCUUAUGAAUGUACAGACAGGAAAAAGGACCACUGUCAUACGUUUAACAUCUUCUUGAUGUGUCUAGGUACUUUUGAUGUACUAGAACAGUGUCUGGUGUAGCCAAGUUGAGGGUAGACUCAUUAUACUGAACGCAUUAGGAAUAAGAGAUUAAGCCGUUAAAGCUUCUGCAUCCGACAAAGAUGAAUGGAAUGAAUUCUGUGUCCUCUGGAUGUUGAUGAUUUCUAUCAUAGGAUUUAUGUUCUGAAUCCUACUAUGAUUGAGCUCCCUUUGUUGACCGUCUUCCUUCUGUUGCAGAACUAUUUGAUAUCUGACAACCUUUGCAUUGAUGUUUCAGUGAGAAGAGAAAUCAACAUAAUGAAACAACUUUUUCAUCCUCACAUAGUUCGGCUGUUUGAGGUCAUAGAUACGCCAUCAUAUGUUUAUGUAGUCAUGGAGUAUAUGAGUUCAGGUGAACUGUUCUAUUACCUGACAGAAAAAGGCAAACUACACGAGGACGAGGCUCGCCGGUUUUUCCAACAGAUAAUUUCAGGUGUUGAAUACUGCCAUCAACACCUGGUGGUGCAUCGUGAUCUCAAGCCAGAAAAUCUACUCCUGGACUCCGAGCACAACAUCAAAAUUGCCGAUUUUAGUCUAGGGAACACUAUGCAUGACGGACAUUUUCUUAAAACGUGCUGCGGAAGCCCAAAUUACGCUGCUCCUGAGCUCAUCUGUGGAAAACUCUAUGCUGGUCCGGAGGUAGAUGUGUGGAGCUGUGGGGUUAUCUUAUACACACUUCUAUGUGGAAGGCUUCCUUUCGACGAUGAUAAUUUCGCUGGCCUAUAUGCAAAGAUAAAGAGUGGAGUAUACACCGUUCCAAAUCACUUAUCAGAGAGCGCACGAGAUUUGAUUUCACGUAUUCUUGUAGUUGAUCCCAUGCAACGUAUAUCGAUUCCUGAAAUACGUCGACAUCCAUGGUUUCAGAAGCAUCUUCCACUGUAUAUUGCUAUCCCCUCACCUGGUGUUUUUAACAGAACCGAAAUGAUUGAUAUUGAUGCUGUGAAAGCUAUGGUUCAAAUGGGCUUUGAUGUCCGUGAAGUCAUGGGCUCUCUUCAGAAUCAUCUGCAGAAUGAGGCUACAGUUACAUAUGCUAUGCUGCUGCAUAGCCGCGAUCCAGCUCAUGUCAGCCGGCAUGAUCAGAAUCCAGAAACCUUAGCAUGCAUGGAUCAUGUUCAGACAUACACACAAUCAGCUUCUACUGGCCAAAACAUUUGGACACUUGGCUUCAAGUCUCAAGCAUCUCCAAGUAAGACGAUGUUGGAUGUUCUAACUGUUUUCCAUAGCUUGAACGUGAAAUGGAAGAGAAUCGGGCACUAUAAUAUGAAAUGCUUGUGGACUCCUCCACCUUCACAGUCUUCUGUAUCUAUGGCAGAAGUUCCUAGCCGUUCCAAUACUGCAGUCAAGUUUGAAAUUCAGCUCUACAAAGCAAGCGAGGAGUUUUAUGUUCUGGACUUGCAACAUCUACGUGGUCCUCCAUUUCUCUUCCUUGAUAUCUGUGCUGCUUUUCGUGCUCUGGUAGUGUAAUGUAGUCCUCCCUGGAAGUUUCUCUGUGCUAAACAUUGAUGUCCUAACAGCUAAUCGCUACUGGUGGCUUGAUUUUAUCCUUUUUUUAAGAAUGUAUUGGAUGUUGAUUUAGCUGUUACCAACUGCACUGAACUAAAAGUCCACA